AUGCCAUCGUCUAUCAGUACUGCUGUUGAUGACUCGGUUGAACAACCUUCCAUACCGUCACAGACAGACUUACCAUCUCAUCAGCAUUCUCAUGCACCUACGAUCGCUACAAAAACUACUGGAAGCAACAGUCCGACUCCAUCUCAUGAAUCAAAUGGCACUUUUUUACACUGCAGUGCUCCACCACAACUACAGUCUAUCUUGAAUGGCGCUGGUGAUUGUCUAGAGCCAGUAGUCACUUCAUCCAUCAGCAAUCCUGUUGUGCAGACUACCAACCCAACUUCUUCUGUUUCAAGUAGCCCUGUUCCACUAGCAUCCUUCCUAUCAUCCAGCGAGUCCUCUUUGUCUACCAUUGGCGAUGAUCAUCCAUUGCCAACCUCAGGAGGACUGGUGGGCGAUGACUGGCCAUUGAACUCUAACCUUGCCCAUAUGGAUGUGUUUCAUAACUCAGUCUCGGAUGUUGGCCCUUUUUUUGCGCAUGCAGACACAUAUUCUGCUGUCCCGACAAACCAUCCUACUGCAAAGAUUCAACCAUUAAACAACGGCUUGUAUUUGGAUUCUUUACUAGAUGUCGCCAUCAAUACGCCUUUGGGUAGUGAUUCUGACAAUGAUUCGUCGACUGGUCACUUGUCAAGCAAUGAUUCCAGCCUGGAUAAUGAAAGUAAUGACUCUAUGGAAGAUGGAGAAUUGAGAUCUUCUAUGAUUGUUCCUUCCGCCGGAAUGCCGGAGCCUGGAACAUAUGUAACUGUGUUUGACUAUAUGCCUGCAAAACCUAAUGAACUGGCAGUAAAGUUGGGCGACAUCAUCAACGUCCACCUUACGUUUCACGAUGGCUGGUGUCUAGGUGAAAAUCAUCAAACUGGCAUAGCAGGCAUGGUACCUCUUUACUCACUUGUUAAACUCGCGCCGGAACUUGAGCGUGAACUUCUUGAAAAAUUGGCUCAGUCACAAGCCGUCACUAAAGCUGCAGAUACCUCGGAAAAAUCUACAAUUGAAGAGUGUUUGGAACCUAUAUGUGUAAGCAAAGUUUCAAGAGGCAGCGUCGAAGAUACUUUGACCGAGUUAUCUUCGCCUAAUCAUAUUUUGGAUCUGGAUCAUUCCGACAUUUCAACAUAUGUUGUAACAAUGGGGGAUCUCAGGCGUGUAUCUAUUCAGUAUAUUCCUCAUUCACUCGAGUCUCGCGGAUGGGAAUUCCCAAAGUCUAACUCCAGCAAGGCAACAACGUUGUUUUUCGUGUGGAGAUUUCCUGCUGAAAAGGUUGGUAUUUCUGGCACUUUCAAUAAUUGGAAACGACAGAUUCCAAUGUUUUACGACCAUGGCAGCAAAAUGUAUACUGCGUUUGUAGAAGGUGAUCAUCUAUCGCACGGCGAUAUUUGCGAGUAUAAAUAUUUUGUUGACGAGAAAUGGACGUGCGAUGAUGAUCUACCUAUUGUUGUUGACGAUACUGGUUUACAGAACAACUUUUUGGUAGUCUGUACUCAGUUUGCGUACGGGAAAGAGAUUAUCAUUGAUGUUCCUUGUAUCCAAUACGUUGAGCAACAAUCUAUUUACUUUCAUACUUUGGAAAAAACCGAAUCUUGGCAAGAGCCUUUGUACUUUAGCAUAAAUACCGACAGCAUACUUGCAGUCACCACUCAAUUUGUUCAAUCUGUCAAGGAACUUCAGACAGUCCAUGUUGAUCCAGUAACAACCCCACUUGGAUAUGAUGUGCCUACCACUUCCAAGUUACGUUGCAUGGAUUUGGAUGAUACAUCACAUGAUUAUGUAAAUGGAUUGGUCGAUGCAUCAGUGCCGAUAAAAGAAAUCAUUGCAUCCUCAGUGCUUUUAGAAACAGUCUCAACUACCUACCACAAAACAGCCGUUCCGCAUCACACCCCUGCACUGUUUUCGACCACUUUUGAUGAUUCUCUAACAAAUUUGAAAGGGUUUGACACCAAUGGACUUGGUAAUCACAAGGUAUUGACUAGCUAUCAAAAUGAGACGGACAAAUUCCUACCUUUUCAAGUUACUGACAUAUCCACUGUCCAUCUAAUCUCACAUCCUCGUUCUGUCGUGUCACAGGUUUCUAUGCUAGAUAGUAAGACAGAUUCGGCAGUGUUUAUCAACAAUCACCGCCGCGACACUGCUAGCUCUCUUUCCCCAAUAUCACUUAAGCAGCUAAGAGAAUUUUCUCUUUUAGAGCUGGAUCCAGUUGCAUCUCGGAAAUUUGUUCAAGAUGUGUGGGAUCAUGCCGAAUUCAUUUCCGCGUUGUUAGAAAAUAAGCAAUCUGCAGGUCAGAGUGAUAUAUUGGAUGACACGCUUUCGGUCUACUACUCUGCGAAUGGUUCGAGCGUAAAUGGCGAGGAAAGGCGUGACUUGCAUGCAUCGCAUGAUCAGACUGGAUCAAUAGAGGCUGAUUUAGAUGGUUCUUUUUCUCAAACCUUUUUUUUGGAAUGGUCUACUAUAGCAGAAUGGUUAACUGGAGGCACUGUCGCCUUUGAUGGCUUUCCUAUGAUACGUAUUACCCUACUUUGGAUAAUUUAUAUUCAGGUCUGCCUUAUUCUAUGGCGUGCUGUUUACGUAUUUGCCGAUGUGGUAUUGCACAUUUUGAUGCCAUUAGCGGUGAUGGGUGCUACUGUUGUUUCUGCAGCACUUUUUUUGAUGGACAUGAAUGAUGACGAUUUUCUUCCUAUGAUAUGGACUGCAUCCUAUCACUUUGCGCUUCAGGCUUGUCUCUAUAUGGCUCUUGCAUUUCUAGUACUAAUGGUGGAUCGCCAAUGGAAUUGUCUAUCAACACUAUAUCCUUUGUCGCUGCUUGUUUCAUCCAAUAAUAUGGAUGAAGCAUAG